AUGGCUCGUCUUGGCCAGAUUUCUCCGGAGCUCCUCGGCGACGCUCCAACUGCAGACACAGACUACAUUUCCGAGGGCUCCGGCGAUGAGCAAGCCCAAGUCUUACAGGCCGAGUGCAGCGUCUACUUGGAGCAGCAGCAAGAACCGAGCGUCGUCUGCCAGCCGCAGCAUGACAACCAAGAUGGCGUGACCACGGCGUCGCAUGACCUUCUAGAAAUUAUAAAGAAUUUGCAAGCAGAAGUAAAUGCGAACAAAAUGUUGCUGUUACAAUUUCGAACGGAGGCAGGCAAAAAUAUGACGCGUCAAGCGGCGAGCCAUAGCAACGCCAGCAACAUCCAAAGGGACGGCAUAGCAAGCAACGACGACGCCAGUAACGUUGACAUGCGCAUAGAAUAUCAUAGAGUACGCAAACGAGAGGAACUCUCGCACAAAGCGCUCAGUUCUACAGUAAUUGAGUCAAACGAUCAACUAACUGUACUUUUGGAGUACAUAAAAGUCGAAGUCGAAGCAUUAGAGAAAGCGCAACUGUCCGAAGUUGGAAAUAGGGAUAAGAGAGAACGAGACGGCAAGGAAACCAAAAUCACGCGAGCAGCUGGCAAUGCGACGGCAGUAGGGCUAUAUGCUGUCGAACAAGCGAAACAAAAACAAUGCAUAUUUUGCAAACGUACGAAUCACGACACGAAGGAGUGUAAAGAUAAGACAGUAGGCAUUGAGUUGCGAAAAAAGAUAUUGCGUAGUAAGGGAAGCUGUUUCAGCGGGCGGCACAUUACAGCUAUGUGCGAUGGCAAGGCAAAUCAGAAACAAGGCGGUGAACAAGAACAACACACAGAGACGGCGACACUCAGUACAAUGGUGCAUCGCGUAAACAAUGAGAUUUAUUUACAAACAGCCAAGGCGGUUCUUAUAAGUGGUGAAAUAAAGGUGUUGUCCCGGAUUAUAAUGGAUAACGGGAGCCAAUGCACCUACGUGACGGAACGUUUAGCAAAACAUUUAAAGUUGCCGGUCGUAGGUACGGAAAGAACUAGAAUCGUCGCAUUCGGCCAAACUGAUAAACAAUCACGGGCCACACAAUUCAAACGCACAAUUAUUAAUGUAAAGAGUCAGUACUCGGAUGAAACCGUGGAGAUUUAUGCAACUAUAGUGCCGAACAUAUGCGAAGAUGUAUUGCCUGUGCCGCGUUUAAAUAAACAAUCGAACAAAAAUAUGGCUGAAAGCAUUGUAGCCCAAGAAAAGCUAAUUCCAGGCAUUAAUUUACUGAUUGGUCAAGACAACUACUGGAAAUUUAAUAACAAUAAUCGUGAACUAUUAGCAGGAAACUUAGUCGCAGUAGAAACUUUCUUCGGUUGGACAAUACAAGGUCAUUAUGGGGAAGGUCAAGGCGAAUCAAGGUGCGUUUUAAAUAUUCUGGAGCAUCGCGAAGCAUUCGACAUUGAGCAAUUUUGGAAUUUGGAGAGUAUUGGCAUAUCGUCGUACUCCGAACCGCAAGCUGCAGUACAGGCAGCCGAAAUACGCCAUAUAGACGGGCGUUACUCAGUGCUCUUACCAUGGAAGCUUCCAAAGGACAAUUUGCAUGACAACAAACAAAAUGCAAAGAAUCGGCUAAGCAGUUUGGGCAAUAAAUUGCUCAAAAAUUCUGAUAAAUUAGAGGAAUACGAUGCUGGCAUCAGAGAGCUAUUGAGUAGUGGCGUGGCUGAAGCAGCGCCUGUUUUGGGUGAAACCCAGAAGGCAUACUAUAUGCCCCAUCAUCCGGUCUAUCGGCUCGACAAAGCGACAACUAAGGUGCGCAUUGUUUUCGAUGCCUCAGCCAGCGAACAUGGAGCUUCUUCAUUGAAUGAUCAUCUUAGCCCAGGUAUCAAUUUAUUAACAGAUUUAACUGCUGUUUUAAUAAGAUUUCGUUGCCAUAGAAUUGCUAUCGUUGCGGAUAUCGAAAAGGCGUUUCUGCAAAUAUCUAUAGAUGAAUCCGAUCGUGAUUACCACCGGUUCUUUUGGUAUGCAUCAGUAGCAUCUAUUGGCACACUAUAUCCGAAAAUUGCGGAGUAUCGAAUGACACGUGUUACAUUUGGAGUAACAUGCAGCCCAUUUUUAUUGACGUCAACAAUUCAGCAGCACUUGCAAAUGCAGGAUCCGGCGCAUGCAGCCAUAUGCCAGAAACUGCAAGACUCAUUUUAUGUUGACGACUUGGUAACCAGCGUGGCUACAUUAAGGGAUGCAGAGGAUCUUUACUACCAAUCAAAGAUCAUCAUGCAAGGCGCAAGCUUUAACUUGCGAAAAUGGAACUCUAACGAUGCAGAACUGAAAAGGAAAUUUAAAGAAACUGAUGUAAAUUUAGCAAGAGUUCAAAAGGUGCUUGGAGUCCAAUGGGACACUAUAACUGACGAAUUGAGCGUAGACAUAAAACCGAUCAUAACGUAUGUUCAGAGUCUACGUCCAACAAAACGCAACGUAUUACGAGCUAUGGCCAGAAUUUAUGAUCCAUUGGGCAUUCUCGGUCCAUUUACAAUAAACAUAAAAAUUUUACUCCAAAAGAUAUGGAAGGAGCAUCUAGAAUGGGAUGCAACACUCAGCACGAGACUAUCAGACGAGUUUAUGGCCUGGCGAGAGGAUAUGGCAUUGCUUGAAGACUUUUCCCUGCAGCGGUGUAUGGUGUCGGGGAAUAUGGCUGACCUAGAACUGCACAUUUUCGCUGACGCAAGCCCUGCUGCUUAUGGAGCCGUCGCUUACUUAAGAGAAGUGGGGAUGAAUGGCGAAAUACAAAUAAAAUUUGUUUGCUCAAAAAAUAGAGUAAGCCCAAUCAAAGAGAGUAGUGGAGCCACCUUACCGAAACUUGAACUUACGGCAGCAGUGGUGGCCUCUAGACUUGCUCAAUAUCUAAAGAAGGAGCUAAAGCUCGGCGUCUCUUCGACCUACAUGUGGUCGGACUCAAGCAUUGUGCUAAACUGGAUUUCAGGAUGCGGGCAGCCAAUGUCUUCAAUUAAAUCAAAGGUGGCCGAAAUAAACAAACUCACAAAUAUAUACGAGUGGCGACAUUGUCAAGGAAAUUGCAACCCAGCUGAUCUUCUGACACGCGGUAUAACAGCUAAAAGGCUCCUAGGAUCAGAACUUUGGAAGCGAGGCCCAAAAUGGCUUGAAUUGACAAUCCACGAAUGGCCAACCAUAAAUACAAUUUUAAACUGUCGGCGCCAGCUGAUCAAGAACGUACUGGGCAGGUGUGUGGUGUGCAGACGGCUACAUGGCAAGAGCGCAUCCGAACCUUGGACAACUCUACCAACGAAUCGAUUGACUACAAGCAAGGCAUUCGAAACAACAGGACUGGAUUUUGCUGGUCCGCUUUAUAUAGCAACAGAAGAGGGACCAAGCAACCGUAAAGUCUACAUUAUGCUAUUUACUUGCGCUGCUAUACGCGGUGUACAUUUGGAGCUGGUAGCGGAUAUGACUGUCGAAAGCUGCAUAGGUGCGCUUCGUAAAUUUGUAGCAAGGCGAGGACCGGUCAAAACUAUAAUAUCCGACAAUGCAAAGACGUUCAAAAGAGCCAGCCUGGAACUGCAGAAACUGGAGAAGUUGAUGGAAAACAGCAAGAUUCAACAAUAUGCGGCCAAUGGAGGUAUAAAUUGGCAGUUUAUCCCAGAACGAGCAGCCUGGUGGGGCGGAUUCUGGGAAAGACUUGUGCGCACUGUAAAAGGCUGCCUAAGAGCUGCCAUUGGAAAAGCUAGCCUUAGCAAAACAAACUUGGAGAUACUGCUCACCGAAGUGGAAUGCGUAGUUAACCAAAGACCUCUUACGUACAUCACCACUGACUCUAACGAUUUAGAGCCUCUCACACCAGCUCACUUUAUGGGAGAGGCCAAACUACUAGGUGGUGAAGGCUUCACGACAGAUGGAAGCAAUUUGGCGCAAAUGUGGCGCCACAGAACCAAUUUGAUGCAGCGCUACAUAAAGCGUCAAAACCGAGUCGAAGCUUAA